AUGAAGGCGACGCCGCUCUCCAACUGCGAGCGGCGCUUCCUCCUGCGCGCCGUCGAGGAGAAGAAGCGCCUGGACGGGCGGCAGUGCUAUGACUACCGGAACGUACGGAUCUCCUUCGGCACCGACUACGGCUGCUGCAUCGUGGAGCUGGGGAAGACCAGAGUUCUUGCACAAGUCUCAUGUGAACUUGUUGCCCCCAAGCCAAAUCGGCCUACAGAAGGUAUACUUUUCUUUAAUCUUGAGCUCUCACCGAUGGCUGCACCUGGUUUUGAGCCUGGCAGGCAAUCUGAGUUACUGGUGAAACUGAACAGACUAAUAGAACGAUGCCUGAGAAAUUCCAAAUGUGUAGAUACUGAAUCUCUCUGCAUUGUUGCUGGUGAAAAGGUUUGGCAAAUUCGUCUGGACCUGCACCUGUUAAAUCAUGAUGGUAACAUUAUUGAUGCUGCCAGCAUAGCAGGAAUUGUAGCUCUGUGUCAUUUUCGCAGACCAGAUGUGUCUGUGCAAGGAGAGGAAGUGACUGUGUACACUCCUGAGGAACGUGAUCCUGUCCCCUUGAGUAUCCACCACAUGCCUAUUUGUGUCAGUUUUGCCUUCUUCCAGCAAGGGACCUAUUUAUUGGUGGAUCCAAGUGAACGCGAGGAACGUGUAAUGGACGGCCUCCUUGUAAUUGCCAUGAAUAAACAUCGUGAAAUUUGUACCAUCCAGUCCAGUGGAGGGAUUAUGCUAGUAAAGGAUCAGGUUCUGAGAUGCAGUAAAAUAACAGCUGUUAAGGUUGCAGAAAUAACAGAACUAAUUCAAAAAGCCUUGGAGAACGACCAGAAAGUUAGGAAAGAAGGUGGGAAGUUUGGCUUUGCAGAAUCUAUACCGAAUCAAAAGAUCACUGCCUUCAAAAUGGAAAGCGCUGCUGUUGAUACUAACAAUGUGGAAGAACAAGCAGAAGAAAUCAUCACUAAAGCUGACCCUCCUUCAGAAGUUUUUGCCAAACCAAUAUUGCAUACUCCUGGGACAGCCCAAAUUGGGGAAGGAAUAGAGAACUCCUGGGGAGACCUUGAAGAAUCUGAGAGGGAGGAAGCAGCGGAAGAGGAAGGUGAAAGUGAGGCUACUGCUUUUGAAUGUCACAAAAUGGAAACUGAGGAUACAAGUACGAUGAGGGAAACUACGAAGGAUGAACCCAUUGUGCUGUCCGACAGCGAAGAGGAAGAAGUUGUCAUUCUGGAACCACAGGAACUACCAAAGAAAACAAGAACACAGACCAACUCGAAACAAGAAAAUACAACUAAGAAAGCAUUUAACAAAAGGAGAAAAAAGAAGAGAGCGGCUCAUUAAAGCCAUCAUCCCUCUUUCAGAAAUGCUGUAUAAUACAUCAUCUGGUCUAUCAUUACUGAACUUAUUUUUGUAGAUAACUUUAUUUCCUCCCACCCCAUAUCUGGUCCUGCUUUUAUGUAUAUUUUAUAAAACUGUUGUACACAGCUUUAAAUAAAAAAAUUUUGCAUGUAAGUGGAAUUCCAUGGUCAGCAUCCAGCUGCAGCAGAAAACUCACUAGUUCAACUUGAACUGACUCAAGUUCUACAACUUGAAUUGCAGAGGUAAGAUGCUUAGUUUUCUUAACAAAACAACCUCUGCCGUUACUGAAGUGAGCUGUAUAUUGUCAGAGUUCGGGUGGUAAAAGGAACUAUGGCUCAAGUUUAAUACCAGAAAAAGAGUCUUUUAAUUUAUGGUAGCUAUUACCACGCCUUGGAAAUGUUUCAUACCUCGGAAUGUUCUUCACAGGGGGAAGUGGUGUGCUGUGACUGAGACCUUGCCCACGUCACUCCACAUCUUAGCUUUCACUGAAACUGCUUUGUAUAAAAAUCAACAGAAGGGCAUGUACUUAACAAAAUAGCAUAGAACUUCUGGAAAACUUUCAUAGAGAAAGCAACUCGUACUUCAGCGAUGGAGUUUCUUAAAAAGUUUAAUUAAAUAUUACAUGCAACAGACAGGAAUGCCUCUUGAACUAUAUUCCAAGAAUUAUGCUUUGAAUUUAGAAUCGGGCAAAACAAAGAGAUGGAGUUUCCAAAAUAUCUGACCUAGCCGCUUUGUUCAAAAAACAAGUCACAUCAUUGGAAACACGCACAUAUGUACAAGAGCAAAGUAGGACUAUUUUACACGUGACCUUAGUAUUUCAUGAAAUAUGAACAGGAGAGAAGUUACUGUUGCAGAUACUACAUUCCCCCAAUCAGGUUUAGAAUUCAAUGUAAAAAAAAAUAAUAAAAAUUGCUCCCAGCC